GCUGCUUGCGCCGACCUAGGUUGUAAAAACACCUAAACACCAUGGCCCUGUCGAUGAUUGCCCAGCGCCGGGCCGGCGCUUUCUCGGCUCGCCAGGCCCCUCGCGCUGUCCGCGCCCAGGCUGCCGUCCGCCCCGUGUGGUUCCCCGGCAACCCUCCCCCGGCUCACCUGGAUGGCUCUCUGGCCGGUGAUUACGGCUUCGACCCCCUGUUCCUGGGCCAGGAGCCGCAGACCCUGAAGUGGUACGUCCAGGCUGAGCUGGUGCACGGCCGCUUCGCCAUGCUGGGCGCUGCUGGCAUCAUCCUCACCUCCAUUGGUGCCAAGGUUGGCCUGGGCUUCCCUGAGUGGUACGAUGCCGGCAAGGUGGUCGUGGAGAAGAACAACAUCGACUUCCCCACCCUGAUGGUCAUCCAGUUCUACCUGAUGGGCUGGGCUGAGACCAAGCGCUGGUACGACUUCAAGAACCCCGGCAGCCAGGCCGACGGCUCGUUCCUGGGCUUCACCGAGGAGUUCAAGGGCCUGGAGAACGGCUACCCCGGCGGCCGCUUCUUCGACCCCAUGGGCCUGUCCCGCGGCGACGCUGCUAAGUACCAGGAGUACAAGCAGAAGGAGGUCAAGAACGGCCGCCUGGCCAUGAUUGCCUGCCUGGGCUUCGCUGCCCAGUACGCCGCCACCGGCAAGGGCCCCCUCGACAACCUGGCUGACCACCUGGCUGACCCCAACCACGUCAACUUCGCCACCAACGGCGUGUCGAUCCCCAUCGCCUAAGCGCCUCUCUCUUGAGUUGAGUGGAGCGUGCCACGUUGGAGCUGUCACGUCCGCCUCCGCGCCGGAGCUUCUGCACCUGGCAACGAGGAGCAUGUGUCGGCGAACGGGCGCAGCUGUUCAGAGCUUUUGGCUGGGCAUGUAGCGUGUGCAGUCGGGAGCAGGCAUCGUUUGGGGCCAUCGCGGCUGCCGAGCCGUCUGCCAUGCCCCGAGGGCAACAGACGCUGCAGCCGUGUGGAGUUUUGUACCGGGUAUAAAUGUGUGUUGUAGUGGGCUGUGGGGUAGCGCCACAAGACGCUAGGGAGGAGUGUUGAGGCCGAGGGGGCUACACGCUCUCGCGUAGCAGCCGACUCGAGAGAAGAUCAAUCUGACUGACUUCAAAUGACUAACAUGGCACCUGUGUGGUGUCAAACUAUCUUGUACCGAAGCGGCACGCCGCUGAGGAGUUUUUGUGCGUGACGCCCCUGCGUUCCCACGGAACGCAGCGGAUCCGCACCUUUCCUGUAAACUACCAUGGGA